UAGUUGAGCAUAGCGCUUAGUAGUCCGCUCACAGCGGUCGAUAGAACACGCCAUUACAAUUGUGAGUUGUGACAUAAAACGAAAUAAUAUUUUAUUGUUAAAGCAAAUCAUAUAUAGACAUAUACUAUAUAUAUUAAUUCUUCUUGGAAUUGAUUAAUCGCACAAAAUAAUUGAAAUCUGCGCAUUGAACAAUCAAUAGUGUGUGUGUGUCAAGCGCAGCGUUUGCUAUGCAGUUUGCGGUGUUUUUGUUGUUGGCGCUUUGCGGUUUCAGUGCGGAAGCAGUAUUCGCGACCAAACCGCCAAAAUGGGAUGAGACCUACAUCGCUAAGGGUACUCUCUACAUACCGUAUGCCGAAAUUGCCGAACCCUUCUAUGCCUGGUAUGACAAGUCCACUAAACGUUCACGUAUCGAUUAUUAUGGCGGCAUGGUGAAGACCUAUCAAUUGGCCAGCGUUAUGCCCUAUGGCACAUCACUCAAAUUGGCACCCGUCACAACGGAUGCGGAAUUGAAUAAGGUCACUUGCUUGCAGCUGAAUGGCACCGCUGAGAAUCGCGUACAAAUCCAAACUAUAUUGCCGAAUGCUAAAAACUUUACACUUUUGGGCACUGAAAGCUUUCUCGGUUUCACCUGUGACAAGUUCCGACUGGAGGAGGUGAUCGGUGAAAAGCGUAAUGUCUAUACAUUGUGGGUGCGCUAUAAGAAAUCGCCACACUAUCCGGCUGCACGUCAACCGAUACCGGUGCGUUAUGAGAUGCGUGGCUACAAUACAUUGUUGGGUUCACAUUUCGAUCAUUACUUCUUGGAUUACGACAGUUAUGAGCACGAUGAUAUACCCAAUGAGGUCUUCGAAUUGGCUGAUGAUAUGGCUUGUGUUGCCUUCCCGGGACCCGGUGCUGGACACUAUGCAACCUUCAAUCCAAUGCAAGAGUUCGUGCAUCCCGCCAAGGAUGAACAUGUUGAGCACUCGUUCAAUCAUUUCAAAAACAAACAUGGCAUCAAAUAUAAGACCGAACAGGAGCAUGAAUAUCGUAAAAAUAUAUAUAGACAAAAUUUACGUUUCAUACAUUCGAAGAAUCGUGCACGUUUAAGUUAUACACUGGCCGCCAAUCAUUUGGCCGAUAAGACCGAGGAGGAAUUGCGUGCGCGUCGUGGCUUCAAAUCGUCUGGCGUUUACAAUACAGGCAAAGCAUUCCCCUAUAAUGUUGAAAAGCUUAAAGAUGAGCUGCCCGAUCAGUACGAUUGGCGUUUGUAUGGCGCUGUAACGCCAGUUAAGGAUCAAUCCGUUUGCGGCUCAUGCUGGUCUUUCGGUACCAUUGGUCACAUCGAAGGUGCAUAUUUUCUGAAGAAUGGCGGCAAUCUUGUACGUCUCUCACAGCAGGCGCUCAUCGAUUGUUCCUGGCAAUAUGGCAAUAAUGGUUGUGAUGGUGGCGAAGACUUCCGCGCCUAUCAGUGGAUGCUGAAAAUGGGCGGUGUACCAACGGAAGAGGAUUACGGUCCGUAUUUGGGUCAAGAUGGUUAUUGUCAUGCACAAAAUCUCACACUCGUCGCCCCAAUCACCGGUUUCGUGAAUGUCACUUCCGGUGAUCCGAAUGCUUUCAAAAUCGCUAUGCUCAAGCAUGGACCGCUCUCGGUGGCCAUCGAUGCAUCACCACGUUCAUUCAGUUUCUAUUCACAUGGUGUUUACUAUGAGCCAGAAUGUAAGAAUGGCUUGGAUGAAUUGGAUCAUGCCGUAUUGGCUGUGGGUUAUGGCACCAUACAGGGUGAGGAUUAUUGGUUGGUCAAGAAUUCAUGGUCAACAUAUUGGGGUAAUGAUGGUUAUAUUUUAAUGUCGGCAAGAAAGAAUAAUUGUGGCGUCAUGACAAUGCCAACCUAUGUGGAAAUGUAAUGUCGUGCGUAUACAUACAUAUAUCUUUAUAUAUAAAGUUUAUUUACAUAUUCAUGUAUAUAAAUAGACUUAAGUAUGCUUAUAUUACCAAAAAAUAAAAAUAAAAAUAAAAAUAAAAAACUAAAAUAAAUGCGAAAUAAAAGUGAUUUAUUAAAAAAAA